AUGCAUGAGGUGAAAAACAACCAGCAAGCAGGACAGCUGCCAAGGAGAAACUUCUGCACAGCAACAAAUGGCAAAUCUGCUGCUGGUGCUUUGGUUCUCUAUCUGGUCUUCAUGGCAGGGUCAGAAGGUAAGGCCCUGGCCAAGACAGAGGAAAGAGGCUUCCAGUGCCUGUGCAUGAGGACUAGGUCCAAAUUCAUCCCUCCCCAAGGCUAUUCAGAAUGGGAGGUUAUAGCUCCUCUGAAACGCUGCAGACAAGUGUGUUUGGAACCCACUGCUCCCUGUGUCCAGCUCACUGUAAAGGCUAUUUUGGCCAGGGCCAGAGACGACAUUAAGUCAACAAUCAAAGAAAAGUCAAGGAAAAAUACAUCUUGGAGUUUUUCGAGGAAAUGA